UUAGUCUGUAAGAUUGGAGAGAGAGAGAGAGAGAGAGAGAGCGAGGGUCAAAGUGAUAGACAGAGUGGGGUUAUCAUAUCAUAUAUUAUCAAUACCGGUAUGUUUUGGAUUUACUACUAACAAAGUAAUUGUGCCUUUGAUGCUGAGAGUUGUUUCUGCUUUGUUUGCUUUUAAUUAUAUCUUUAACAAACAGUGUCACGGAGAGAGAGAGAGAGGGUUAGGUCUUUUGAGUUUGAGUUCUUUCAUGUUUCCUGGGAGUAUUUUGACUCUGCUUUCUCUCUAUUCUGUGUUGAUUUUUUGAGAAAGCCCUUUUCUUUAGCAUUGUUUUUUUUUCAGUGUCUUGUGGGGUUGUGAGCUUCCUAAUGAAAGUUUGAGGAUCUGGGUUCUAGGAUUUGACCCCUUUUACUCUCGAUCUUUUUUGGGUUUUCUUCAAAUUUGUUGUUUUUGCUGUCUAUAUGUGUGAUUUUCCCAGUUCCCAAACUAAUUGAAUAGCAUUUUUGUUGUGGGGCUUUCACUAAAAAGGUCUAAAUUUUUGGGUUUGGAUUCUAGUUUUUCAUCAUCACAUUUACUUGGUGUCCAAAAAUAGAUCUGUGAAUUUUUGGGUUUUCUUUGAUCUGAAUUGCUUUCAUGCAUAUGUCCAUAUGGAAACCCAUUUCCCACUGCGCUGCUCUGCUAUUGGACAAGAAGAGCAGAAAAAAAUAUGGGUCUGAUUCUGCUUCCGAAACCAAGAAGAACUCAUCGGUUCUCAGGAAAUUGCAAGAGAACAAGCUCAGGGAAGCUCUUGAAGAAGCUUCUGAAGAUGGGUCUCUCUUCAAAUCCAAAGACAUGGAGUCUGAGGCUAACCAAGAAGAGAGCUUGGGGAGGUCUCGUUCGCUUGCCAGGCUCCACGCCCAGCGUGAAUUCCUCAGAGCCACUGCACUCGCCGCAGAGCGUACUUUUGAGUCUGAAGAUGCCAUUCCUGAUCUCAAUGAGUCUUUCUCAAAGUUUCUCACUAUGUAUCCCAAGUACAAGUCCUCAGAGAAGAUUGAUCUGCUGAGGUCAGAGGAGUACUCUCACUUGUCCCCAAAGGUAUGCCUUGAUUACUGUGGGUUUGGCUUGUUUUCUUAUGUUCAAACUCUUCAUUAUUGGGAGUCUUCUACGUUUAGCUUGUCUGAAAUUACUGCAAAUUUGAGUAAUCAUGCGCUAUAUGGCGGUGCGGAGAGAGGGACUGUUGAGCAUGAUAUAAAGACUAGGAUUAUGGAUUAUUUGAACAUCCCUGAGCAUGAGUAUGGCCUUGUUUUUACUGUGAGUAGAGGGUCUGCUUAUAAAUUGUUGGCCGAGUCAUACCCUUUUCAUACGAACAAAAAAUUGUUGACAAUGUUUGAUUACGAGAGUCAGUCUGUGAAUUGGAUGGCUCAGAGUGCUAGAGAAAAAGGAGCUAAAGUGUAUAGUGCAUGGUACAAAUGGCCAACCUUGAAAUUGUGCUCCACUGAUUUGAGGAAGCAAAUUUCUAGUAAGAAGAGGAGGAAGAAGGAUUCUGCUGUGGGUCUUUUUGUGUUUCCUGUUCAGUCUAGAGUUACUGGGGCUAAGUAUUCGUACCAAUGGAUGGCACUAGCACAACAGAAUAAUUGGCAUGUCUUACUUGAUGCUGGGUCAUUGGGUCCCAAAGACAUGGAUUCACUUGGGUUGUCCCUAUUCCGACCGGAUUUCAUUAUCACAUCAUUUUACAGGGUAUUUGGAUAUGAUCCAACUGGUUUUGGAUGCCUUCUGAUCAAGAAAUCAGUGAUGGCAAGCCUUCAAAGUCAAUCUGGAUGUACUGGGGCUGGAAUGGUGAAGAUUACCCCGGAAUAUCCUUUGUAUCUGAGUGAUUCUAUGGACGGUUUGGAAAGAUUGGCUGGAAUAGAAGAUGAUGAAGUUGCUGGGAAUGGUGAGAAAACAUCUGAAACUCGCCAGGGAACACAGCUGCCUGCCUUUUCUGGUGCAUAUACAUCUGCCCAGGUGAGGGAUGUGUUUGAGACUGAGAUGGAUCAUGAUAACAGCUCUGACAGGGAUGGGACAAGCACAAUAUUUGAAGAAACUGAGAGUAUUUCAGUUGGGGAGGUGAUGAAGAGCCCAGUUUUCAGUGAAGACGAGUCAUCAGACAACUCGUACUGGAUUGAUUUGGGUCAGAGUCCAUUGGGGUCUGACAAUUCAAGCCAACUAAACAAACAGAAGGUGGCCUCUCCCUUACCACCUUUUUGGUUUACUGGCAGAAAGAACCACAAGCAGCUAUCCCCAAAACUCUCCUCCAAGGUAUAUGGUAGCCCAUUAUAUGACGACAAGGAUGUUAGCCUUGGGCCUCAUGAUGACCACCAUGUGCUAUCAUUUGAUGCUGCUGUCAUGUCAGUUUCCCAGGAACUGGACCGUGUCAAGGAGAUCCCUGAAGAACUAUUUGCAGAGACAAACCCCACUGCUGGAAAUUGUGGAAAGUGUUUUGAUCGUGUUCAUGUUCAGGAGAUCCAAGAAGAACUUGCAACUAGCAAACCCCUUUCUACUGGGUCUAAGUCCAAGUCUCUGGUGAAUGGGGUGAAUGGAUCCCAUGUCGACAUAUCAACUUCUGCCUGUCAGCAUUGCAGCCAAGAGAAUGGAUCAACCUCUGAAAUUUUCCCAGAGGUGAAAGAGAGUGCCAUAAGAAGAGAAACUGAAGGUGAAUUUAGGUUGUUGGGGAGAAGGGAAGGGAAUAGGUAUGCUGGUGGUAGAUUUUUUGGUGUGGAAGAGAAUGAACCAUCAAGCAGGGAAAGGAGGGUAUCCUUCAGCUUGGAAGACAAUCAUAAAGAGCACCUCCAGACAUUGGAACCAGUAGAAAUAUCUGUAACCAGCCUGGAUGAUGAGGAGCAAAGCAGUGAUGGUGAGUAUGCUGAGGGUCAAGACUGGGACAGGAGGGAACCUGAGAUAGUACCUCGACAUCUUGAUCACAUUAAUAUGUUGGGUCUCAAUAAAACCACCCUCAGACUGCGGUUUUUGAUCAAUUGGCUUGUGACCUCAUUACUGCAACUAAGAUUACCUGGUUCCAAUGGGGAUGACGGUCCAAAUCUCGUCCACAUCUAUGGCCCAAAAAUAAAAUAUGAAAGAGGUGCAGCCGUGGCUUUCAAUUUGAGAGACAGAAACCGGGGGCCAAUCAGUCCAGAAGUUGUUCAGAAGCUUGCUGAAAGAGAAGGCCAAAGGAAAAUGGCAGACAUGAUGGAGGAAAAAGCGGAUUCAUACGAGUUGAGGUUGUUACUGCUUCCCUUGGCUUUCUUACUAACUUUGAGGAUGUUUACAAGUUGUGGGCUUUUGUGGCAAAGUUUCUUAAUCCGGCAUUCUUCAAAGAGGGUGGGCUUCCAACAGUAGAAGAAGGUUCUGAGACAUGAGACAAAACAUGACAAUCUUGCUGUUCAAGUAUGAGUUAUAGUUGUGCUUUUGGCUUUGAAAAUUCUUCAGAGGAAUCUCCCUCAGUCACAGUGGAAAAUUGAGAAGCUUCAGAAAGGAGGAAAAUACCUCUGCAAGGAUGGAAGGUAUUUAUUUCUGAAUGGCCAGAUACCUGAGCCCUUUGCUCUUUCUCAGGACACAAUGCAUCUGGGUGAAUUUGUUAAUUCAUGUUUGUUAUAGCUCCAAGUUUUCUUUUUCUUUUUUUCAUGUUCAGGUUCUUGGCUUUAGAAAUUGAUAUCUUCUCAGGAAGUCUUGGUGAGCUCAAAGCUGAAAUUUCUGGACAGAAUUUCACCAUGACACUACAUUCUGGUUCUGCUCUAUACAAAAUUAGAUUUAUUGCUUCUGUAAAGAAUUAGCUUAGUGCCUACUGUGGACUGUGGUUUGUACUAGUACUCAAUGGCAUGUUUAUUGUUGCCUCAGGAAAAAAAAGGGUUUAGGAUCCCCCACAAUGCAUCACAGAAAGAUGGUACAAAAUUGAGUUCACAUGAAAUCAUCACUUACAACA